AGCAACUCUCUUCUUCCCCCCUCCCCAUUCUCACGCUCUCUCCCUCCCUCAGACAACUCGCCCCCACCCCUCCGCCCCCUCCACGUAAUUCCGAAAGAGCAGAAGAAAGAGAAGAACAAGAAAAGAAGAUCUAGUAACCGAGAGCCGGAGACCAGAAAAAAAGGCUGAAGAGGAGCGAAGGGGAGGAAAGGGAAACGAUGGACAGCCACAAAACGCAGCGAUUGCGGAAAUUUUCCAGCGCCAUUGGUUCGGCAGCGUGAGUCCUCGGGUCGGGCGUGAUUUCAGCACCGGGAGGGGGCUGGACAGCUCCUCGGGGGGACUCCUGGGCAACCCGCAGCCACGGCAAGAACUCCCAUCAGCAGCCUCAACAGCAGAAGCCGCCGAAAACCCUGCUUUGUAUCAGAGGCAAGGAUGGUCGCUGUUACUUUGUGAUGAGAUCGGGGAUGAAUUGCUCGCUUUAAAAAUGCUGCUUUGGAUUCUGUUGCUGGAGACGUCUCUUUGUUUUGCCGCUGGAAACGUUACAGGGGACGUUUGCAAAGAGAAGAUCUGUUCCUGCAAUGAGAUAGAAGGGGACCUACACGUAGACUGUGAAAAAAAGGGCUUUACAAGUCUUCAGCGUUUCACCGCCCCGACUUCCCAGUUUUACCAUCUAUUUCUGCAUGGCAAUUCCCUCACUCGACUUUUCCCUAAUGAGUUCGCUAACUUUUAUAAUGCGGUUAGUUUGCACAUGGAAAAUAAUGGCUUGCAUGAAAUCGUUCCUGGGGCUUUUCUGGGGCUGCAGCUGGUGAAAAGGCUGCACAUCAAUAACAACAAGAUCAAAUCUUUUCGAAAGCAGACUUUCCUGGGGCUGGACGAUCUGGAAUACCUCCAGGCUGAUUUUAAUUUAUUACGGGAUAUAGACCCGGGGGCCUUCCAGGACUUGAACAAGCUGGAGGUACUCAUUUUAAACGAUAAUCUCAUCAGCACCCUACCUGCCAAUGUGUUCCAAUAUGUGCCCAUCACUCACCUCGACCUCCGGGGAAACAGGCUGAAAACACUGCCCUACGAGGAGGUCUUGGAGCAAAUCCCUGGCAUUGCCGAGAUCCUGCUAGAGGAUAACCCAUGGGACUGCACUUGUGAUCUGCUCUCCCUGAAAGAAUGGCUCGAAAACAUUCCCAAAAAUGCCCUGAUCGGCCGAGUAGUCUGCGAAGCCCCCACCAGACUGCAGGGCAAAGACCUCAAUGAAACCACUGAACAGGACUUGUGUCCUUUGAAAAACAGAGUGGAUUCUAGUCUCCCGGCUCCCCCUGCCCAAGAAGAGACCUUUGCUCCUGGCCCCCUGCCAACUCCUGUCAAGACAAGUGGGCAAGAAGAUCAUGCCACCCCAGGGUCGGCUCCAAACGGAGGUACAAAGAUCCCAGGCAACUGGCAGAUCAAAAUCAGACCCACGGCAGCGAUAGCUACCGGCAGCGCCAGAAACAAACCCCCAGCCCACGGCUUGCCCUGCCCUGGGGGCUGCAGCUGCGACCACAUCCCAGGGUCGGGUUUAAAGAUGAACUGCAACAACCGGAACGUGAGCAGCUUGGCUGAUUUGAAGCCCAGGCUUUCCAACGUGCAGGAGCUUUUCCUGCGAGAUAACAAGAUCCAUAGCGUCCGAAAAUCGCACUUUGUGGAUUACAAGAAUCUCAUUCUGUUGGAUCUGGGCAACAAUAACAUUGCCACCGUAGAGAACAACACUUUUAAGAAUCUUUUGGACCUCAGGUGGUUGUACAUGGAUAGUAACUACCUUGACACGCUGUCCCGGGAGAAAUUCGCCGGCCUGCAAAACCUUGAGUACCUCAACGUGGAGUACAACGCCAUCCAGCUCAUCCUGCCGGCCACCUUCAAUGCCAUGCCCAAACUGAGGAUCCUCAUUCUCAACAACAACUUGCUGAGGUCCCUACCCGUGGACGUGUUUGCUGGGGUCUCGCUCUCUAAACUCAGCCUGCACAACAAUUACUUCAUGUACCUUCCGGUGGCAGGGGUGCUGGACCAGUUAACCUCCAUCAUCCAGAUAGACCUGCACGGAAACCCUUGGGAGUGCUCCUGCACCAUUGUGCCUUUCAAGCAAUGGGCAGAACGCCUGGGUUCCGAAGUGCUGAUGAGCGACCUCAAGUGCGAGACGCCAGUGAACUUCUUCAGGAAGGAUUUCAUGCUGCUCUCCAAUGACGAGAUCUGCCCCCAGCUGUACGCGAGGAUCUCGCCCACGUUAACUUCGCACAGUAAAAACAGCACCGGGUUGGCGGAGACCGGGACACACUCCAACUCCUACUUAGACACCAGCAGGGUGUCCAUCUCCGUGUUGGUCCCGGGACUGCUGCUGGUGUUUGUCACCUCCGCCUUCACGGUGGUGGGCAUGCUCGUGUUUAUCCUGAGGAAUCGAAAGCGGUCCAAGAGAAGGGACGCCAACUCCUCGGCGUCCGAAAUUAAUUCCCUACAGACAGUCUGUGACUCUUCCUACUGGCACAAUGGGCCUUACAACGCAGACGGGGCCCACAGAGUGUAUGAUUGUGGCUCCCACUCGCUCUCAGACUAAGACCCCCAACCCGGCUAAAGCAGAGGAGGGGGGGGAUGGAACUGCCUCCCCCCUCCCCCCCCCACUCCGCCGGCAUCCCCGGGGGUCAGAGGAGCCCACACCCAGGUCCAGCGCGCCCCAAGGCUUGAUGGACAUAGUAAAUUAAUAACUAUGAACUCGCUCAACUGAGAGGGUCUGACCCCUUAGCUCCCUCUGGAAACAAAGAGCAGACUGUGGCGAGCUGGGAGAGCCUGCCAGAUCCCUCUCUGCUGCAGCCCCUUUUGACAAAGCCCCGGCGGGGGCCCUGCUCAGAGAUCAGACAGUGCCCUUCCCCUCGGGAGAGGGGCUGGAGGGGAAGGUACCGUGGUCCUAUGCAUAUAGACAUAUACCCACAUCUAUAUAGAGAGAUAGGUAUCUAUUCUUCCCCUGUGGAGUAGCCCGUGAGGAGGGGGGGCGCGAUGGCUCCCUGUUGGCUACGCAGGGCUGGGCAGUUGCACGAAGGCAUGAAUGUAUUGUAAAUAAGCAACUCUGACUUCUGGCAGAAAACAAAACGUGCUGCAUGGCUCGCAUGGAAUCCACGCGCUCCGGGGACGCUGCCCUCCCGCGACUGGGGACGCCGUCACGUUCACAGCACCCACCCUCUUACCUGAUAAAUCCCAUCGUAUCAAACUUUCUAUAAACAAAAUACAGUAUAAUCAGAAAGUGCCAUUUCGCCAUUAUUUGUGAUCGGUAGGCAGUUCAGAGCGUACGUUUACUGUGAAAAAAAUAUGUAAAGGUUUUAUUUAGGACAUUUGCAUGGCUAGUCAUCAGUUCAUUUUAUGAGUUAAAAAUGUAUUUUGUUAAGCAAAGUUUUAUGGGUUGUUUUGGGCUCUUUUAUUUUGAUGGUGAUUUUUUUUUUGAGGGGGAAUAUUUUUCUAUACAUAUCCAAUAAUGCCUUCCAUCUGAAUGUAAAAUAAGUACCCAUGAUUUCUAUUAUAGUAUCAGUGUAAUUAUUAAGAAAAAAAGAUUUUGAGGCAGUUAAGCAUGACCAAUUAAUGUCACUCUAGUGCUUAGGCUGCGAUCCAAUGGUAGCAAUUCUGUGCUGGUGUAAAUCUUACUUAUAAAGUAGGAAAAAAGAACCGAGAAAGCACGUGGAACUUACUAAUUCUAUUCGAGGAUUUUAUAAUGGCAUAUUUUUUCAGUAUUAAAGUGAAAAUGUUUUCAACUCUGGGUCCUUACAUUUUUCCAGCUUCUUAUUUGCAACUGGUAAAUUGGAUUUGCGGUGGAAGGGACGCGGGAGGGGGAAGGUUGGGGGUGGAUCACUUCAAGAGCU